AUGGCGGUACCCAACUCCUACUUUGUGCCAGGCUUUGGCAUCUCAAGAGCCGUCAUCCAGAAUGAGAUCCGAUACCAUUGCGGCCCGGAUGCGAUAGUGCGUCCCUACACUUUCCAGGGACGUGACGGCUUCUUGAUCACGACAAUUGGGCCUCCAUUAACCAAGGCUCAAAUUGAGGAUCUGAAGAUGUCUUCUCUCGAAUACGAAGAGAAGCAAUCUCGUAUUGCUGACGAGACCAAUGUCUUCGUAAAUGCACCCAUCCCGAUCACCCAACGAAUACGACGAAGCACCUGA